GACAUUGUGUUGUUUUUUGGAUGCCGCAAGAAGAGUGAGGAUUACAUAUAUGAGGAUGAACUUACCUCUUAUGAAAAAGAUGGAACAAUCGCUGACCUGCAUGUGGCUUUCUCCCGCGACCAGGUGAGACAGAAACUCUUCUUUUUGUUGUUGUCGUUGUCUGUUGCAAUCUUGUUAUUUGUAACGCGGCUGUUUUAGGUAAAUCUAUGGUAAAAUGGCGUACCAAACAGGGGUAUUUUGCUUUGCAACUGUGCAGCAAAACGAGGUGAAAAGCGAUGUUGCGCGUUUUACCACCCGUGUAUUGUAACAAUUAGGCCUUUUUAACAGUAGCAUGAAUACCGACUUCUGACAGGAUAAAAUUGCACGGGAGACAAACUUGCUACAACACAAGUUGGCCUUGGGCCGGUAAAAAAAAUUAGAGCUACCGUAAAUCAUCUAUUCACCUCCCCCUCUCAAAUAAGCCCCAUCUUUUUUUCAGGGGAAGAAAGUCAAUAAGCCCCCCCGCCCCCGUCUCUUUUAGGCCCCCUUCCCCUCUCCCAUAUCAUUCUUCGGUUGGACUAUACUAAUCAAUCACUUCGUGUGGACCGAUCCAUGAUGGUUUAUUCACCAACUGGAAUUUCGGAUUUCGGUUUUUGAUUAUCGUUGCAUGACCUCCGACUUCUUGUACUUGAGCUUUUCCACUUUGAAUUCUAAGUCGUUAUGGAGAAUUAAUACCAUCGUCUUUGCUAAAUUAAAUAAGCACCCCUUCUCCACGAAGCUCCCCGUCUCUGUUAAGCCCCCUCCCCCCCUUAAAAUGAGUUUGAAAUAAACAAGCCCCCCGGGGUUUAAUAGGUGAUUUACGGUAUACUCUCUACUUUCUGCAAAUUGUAACAUCCUGUCUUGCUGCACAGUUUCUUCUCAAUUUUGUGACUAAAAGAUAGUUGUUGUUUCGUUCAGGAGAAAAAAGUCUAUGUGACGAAUCAAAUGGCUGAAAACAAAGAGUCUAUUUGGAAGAUAUUGGAUAAUGGAGGCCACAUUUACGUUUGUGGGUAAGAUGCUUUAGUUUUUUUUAACUGAAACAUUAUUCUAACUUUCAUUAGCAAUGCUUUCGAGUGGUAUACGGUCAGCUCUCUCUGAGACGUUUGGACACCUUUGGGAGAGGCACUAAGUGUCUGUCUUAGAGAGAUGUCCGUCUUAUAUAAAUCCUUCUAAAUUUGACUUGGGUCUUAACGUUUAGACCCAAGUCAAAUUUAGAAGGAUUUGUAUAGAAUCAUCAGAGCAUAACUGGGCUAAUAUCUCAGGGACAAUUUGUCCCACAAUGCUAGGUUUUGGCAGGUAGGCCUCUUGGAAGAUGUUAUUUCAGAAUACCGGUAUCCUGACAAAUCCCAUAAUUUCACAAAUUUAGUUUUUUAUGACGUCACACUUAAGUACUCUGUAAAUACUGAGGUGCUCGUUAAGAGAGAGUCGACUGUACCAUGAAAUACCUCACGAAUGACUUGUUUUUUCUUAGUGUGCACACGCCCUCUAGGCGAGUGUGUAUACAAAGAUUUAUCAAUUCUGGUGUGGGAUGUUAAUGGUAUACCACGAGAAACAUUGCAUAACAUAAGACAUAUUUAUCCUAUGUCACUCAACUAAGCUCAAUUUUCACCGCUCUCUCGUGGCUCGAACAGCGGCUGGUAAUCGAGCCUGUCACUCAACAUGACGAAGUAAAACCUCGACAUCACGGGUAAACGCGAAGACAAAACAAUUACACUAGGCAGUCUGUUAACAACAAUUCCCAAAUGAUCAACAGCUUGUCAAUGAAUAAAGUUCGAAUUCACCUCUGUCUAUUUUACCUGCAUCUGAAGAAAAUGUCAAGUUAGCUGGCGAAGGUUUCUGAUUCUAAGUGCAGCUGUGUAUCCAUCCCGGUUUUCGCAACACUGCUUUAGUUUUGUUAGUCUCGGCUGUAAAAUUCUUUGCCCGUUGUAGUCUGUUUGAUUUCGUUUCAUAUUCCUUUUGUAACAGACUUCUAAGAAAUCCGAAUGGUAAUAUUAUUAAAAAACUUGGGUUUUGUAGUAUUGUUACAAAGUUGCUUCUGAAAAAUUUGGGAGAACAAAAAGUGCCAGCCGCUGUCCGCUCCAAUUUUGGCGGGAAAAUGUGGAGGCGGCAAGCACCGCCGGGAUUUUUUAGUAAAAUGCUACGGGUUUCUAGAUUUCUGAUUGGCUGUACUUUUUUUUUGACAUGGGAUAAAUAAUAUUACAGGGCUGUCACUUAGAUUCGGGGACCGGGGAUUUCUCUCCACUACUUUGAGCAUGAAUCCCGGCUCCUUUCAAUGGAAGUCUACUAAUUGCAUAAACCUUAUAAUUUGAGACCUUAGUGACAGCCAUAUUUUUUAGUUAUCCAAGGUCACAAACACUAGUAAUAUAAUACUCAGUAUAAUGUAUGUCAACUACAAAAGAGCCGACGGAGAAAAAGAAACGUUUCUUUAUUAAAAUUUAGUGAAACUGGGAAGGUGUGUCCUACGUUAGACUAGCUCGUAUAAAAGGUUGAACACGGACAUCGUGCUCGAGACGUUUAUAUGUCGAAAUGGGUGAUUUUACAUGCUAUUAUUGUAACGAAGGGAGAACACUCAAAACUAUGAAAUAAAUGUCUUUUAUACUUUGCUACCUUUUUUUGUUUUAGAUUUAUUCACUUUGGGGCGAGCCCACUUUUCCUUCAUUUUCUUCCCUCUUAUUCAUGAAAAACAAAAAGAUAGCCCGACAAGAAUGGUAACCUGGCUAGCCGGGUCACCGGUUUUUCGAUGGUACGAGACAAUCAGAGCAUGCGCGAGCGCUCUUGGCCCGGGAAUCCUCGAAUGAAGGGCAAAGGGGUCACUUUUUUCUCAUAAAAACGCUUGCUAAGUCUUUAUUACGACGGUUUGACCAAUAACAUGUUUUUUUUUUUUCAGCGACGCCCGCAAUAUGGCGCGUGAUGUUCACAAUUUGUUGUUGACUAUUGUAAAGGAGAAUGGAGGACUGACAGAGAACGAAGCUGCUGAUUACGUGAAGAAACUCAGCGCUAAAGGGCGAUAUGCCGUAGAUGUUUGGAGCUAA